AUGGAAAAAUAUGGAACAAUAUUCAGGACUAAUUUGGUGGGAAGACCGAUUAUUAUUUCGACAGACCCGGAUCUGAAUUACUUUGUGUUCCAACAAGAGGGAAAUUUGUUUCAAAGUUGGUACCCAGAUACCUUCACAGAGAUUUUUGGCAAGCAAAAUGUUGGUUCCUUGCAUGGGGUUAUGUACAAAUAUCUCAAGAACAUGAUGCUGCAUCUCUUCGGACCCGAAAGCCUUAGAGAGAUGAUCCCUGAAGUUGAACAAGCAGCUCUCAGCAGAUUACAACAAUGGUCAUGUCAGGACAUUACAGAACUAAAAGAUGCAACUGCAAGUAUGAUAUUUGAUCUCACUGCAAAGAAACUUAUCAGCUAUGAUUCGAGUAAGUCCUCGGAGAAUUUAAGGGACAACUUUGUUGCAUUCAUACAAGGAUUGAUCUCCUUUCCUUUGGACAUCCCUGGAACAGCUUAUCACAAAUGUUUGCAGGGAAGGAAAAGGGCGAUAGGAAUGCUGAAAGACAUGCUACGGGAAAGACGAGGAAAGUCCCGAGAUCAGCCAAACGACUUUUUCGAUUACAUGAUUGAAGAACUUGAGAAAGAGGGAACAAUCUUGACAGAGGAGAUUUCUCUGGACUUAAUGUUUGUGCUGCUUUUUGCGAGCUUUGAAACAACUUCAAUUGCUAUGACUUUAGCCAUCAAGUUUCUAUCAGACCACCCUCUGGUGCUAAAGCAAUUAACGUUCAUCAACGAAACGGUUAGACUGGGAAACAUAGCUCCAUGCAUCUUUCGAAAAGCGCUAAAGGAAAUCAAUUUCAAGGGAUAUACCAUUCCAGCAGGUUGGGGAGUUAUGGUUAGUAACACAACGGUACACUUAAACCCAGAAAUAUAUGACGAUCCUGUGGCCUUCAAUCCAUGGAGAUGGAAGGGAACGGAAACAAAUAGCGCAUCCAAAGAUUUCAUGGCUUUUGGCGGCGGACAGAGACUCUGCGUAGGAGCAGACUUUGCUAAAGUGGAGAUGGCUGUGUUUCUCCAUUGCUUAGUCACAAAGUACAGGUGGGAAGCAAUCAGAGGAGGAAAUAUAGUCCGAACUCCUGGGCUACAAUUUCCGGAAGGUUUCCACAUUCGUAUCCUGGAGAAAGAUAACAGGAAACAGCCUAUACUUGAACCAGAAAUGUCUGAGAGGGUAGAGCCACCAUAUGUGCUUUUAGAUGGUGAAGCAUGGACCAUUGAGCUUGCCAUUCCCUCAGUUUAA